CUGGCUUCUCUCUCUGCCUGUGCCUGCCCCUGGUGGGCCUCAGCCUUUUCUCCUCACACCCCUGCGCCCCAGAGGAAAGUGAUCAGCGUGCCAAGUAGCUUACCCAGCCACCUGCAGCCAUGGAUGCAAAUCAGUCCAGCUCCCCGAAGCCCCAGCCCUCCCCAAAGGCCUCCAGGGCUGAUGUAAGCCCCAACUCAAUCCUGGUGAACAAGACCCUGCAGCAGAAGACCCCCAGCAUGGUGGGGGACAGGUUGCCACCCAAGACCGGAGCAGUGGUCAUUGACAUGGGCACAGGCACCUGUAAGAUGGGCUUCGCGGGGCAGGCCCAGCCCACCUACACCGUGGCCACCAUCGUGGGCUGCCAGCCCAAGAAGCCGACCACCACUGGGCAGCCGGAGCUGGAGACCUUUAUCGGCGAGGCGGCCCGCACACGCCCAGAGCUGACCUUAGUGCAGCCGGUGCGGAACGGCAUCUUGGUGGACUGGGACGCGGCCGAGCUCAUCUGGCGGCACCUGCUGGAGCACGACCUCCGCGUGGCCACCCGGGACCACCCGCUGCUGUUCUCCGACCCGCCCUUCAGCCCCACCACCAACCGCGAGAAGCUGGUGGAGGUGGCCUUCGAGUCACUGUGCUCCCCUGCCAUGUACGUGGCCUCCCAGUCGGUGCUGUCCGCCUACGCGCACGGGAGGGUCAGCGGGCUGGUGGUGGACACCGGCCAUGGGGUCACCUACACGGUGCCCGUCUUUCAGGGCUACAACCUGCCCCACGCCACGGAGCGCCUGGACCUGGCGGGCACGCACCUGACCGCCUUCCUGGCAGAGAUGCUGCUCGGCUCGGGCUUGACGCUGGGCCAGCAGGACCUGGACACGGUGGAGAACAUCAAGCACCGCUACUGCUACGUGGCCCCCGACUUCCCCAAGGAGCAGGCCCGGCUGGGUCAGGACUGCCAGCAGGUCCUGAAGCUGCCCGACGGGCGGACGGUCACGUUGGGCAAGGAGCUGUUCCAGUGCCCGGAGCUGCUGUUCAGCCCCCCCGAGAUGCCGGGGCUGGUGCCCAUUGGCGUCCCCGCUAUGGCCAAAAAGAGCCUUCAGAAGGUGCCCCUGGAGGUGCGGGCCGAUGUGGCCCAGAACGUGCUGCUCUGCGGGGGCUCCUCGCUCUUCCAGGGCUUCGAGGGCCGCUUCCGCGCGGAGCUGCUCCGCAGCCUGCCCCCCGAGGCCCACGUGGUGGUGGCGGCUCAGCCCACCAGACACUUCUCCGUGUGGAUCGGGGGCUCCAUCCUGGCCUCGUUGCGGGCCUUCCAGUCCUGCUGGGUCCUUCGGGAGCAGUAUGAGGAGCAGGGGCCCCACAUCGUGUACCGCAAAUGCUACUGACGCAGGGCGGCGGGGGGCAUCACCUCCAAGCUCAAGGCACUAAAAAUGGCAUCACAAUGAGAACCACAAAGACUGCAGCACAUCAGUCCUCCGAGUAGUCAAGUGAGACCCACCCCACAUAGUGGUGACAGGGCACUGCCAGCCACAUACACAGAAGGGAUGUGGGACAGGCUGGGUCUCUGAUGCUACAGGAAAUGAGGAAGAUGCAGAAACUCCCACCAAUCCUGAGCUGCUGGAUGGUCUUUCCUUUAGAUCAGACUGAGGUCCCCCAACUCCAAACUUUCCCUGAUGCAGAAAUUUUCUCUACAACCCUUAUGAUAUGUGUCCCUCCCUUUUGGACACACCCAGGGAUAGAGAGCACACCACUUCAAGCCUAUUGUUAGAAAUCUCAUCUCCUCCCUGGGGUAAUAGGGAGACCUUGGCAUUCUCUGCUUGCCACACCCUAUGCGGAGCACUCAGAGCACCAGAGACCCUCAUCCUCCCCUGCCUACACACCUCCCUGGAGUCUGCUCUUCCAUGUGGAUUAGGGGCCCCAUCCUGGCACAAGCUGUGUGCAUUCCUGUCCUGGGUCCUAUGAGAGCAGUACCAGGAGCAGGGGCUCCAUAUCAUGUACUCCAAAAAUAGGGUUUAAGGAGAUAUGUGUAUACCAUGUUGACACGAGGUGGACAUGUGAUGGUUAAUUCUGUGUGUCAACUUGGCCAGGCAAUGGUGCCAAGAUAUUUGAUUAAAUACCAUUCUAGAUGUUGCAGUGAAGGUUUUUUUUUUUUUUUUAAGAUUUAUUUAUUUGAGAGCAAGAGAAAGAGAG